AUGUUGGUCUCUUCGGUGAGCUUUAUAAGUUGCAACAUACUAGACGGCCCUUCUUGGGGAGUGGCUUGUGCUGACGAAGAAGGAAGUCAUGUGGACAACCAAGCCGUAGCCGUACCUACACUUCUGUCGUUACCCACCGAUGACAACCAGUGCGAUUCUCAAAGCACAAAUCCUGGGCAUCCGAGUGUUCAUUAUUUUGCAGUUUUUGACGGUAACGGAGACUCCGUUGCCGCCGAUUUGUGUAAAGGCCGCCUUCAUGAGAUCGUUGCUGAAGAAGUCAAGAGACAGCUGGAUGAAGACGAAGAAGACUGUCAUCCCCUUUUUUGUUACUAUAAGUUUUUCUGUGAGCCAAUUCAGAGAGGCAUCAGGAACAGUUUUUUAAGGAUGCAUGAUGAGGUUGUAAGUUACCGCCUGGAAGAUGAUGAGUUACCUGAUCCGAUGGAGUUACCGAUUAUGAGAGGUGCGUCAGCUACAGUGGCCAUCGUUACCACUUGUAGAAUCCUCGUUGCAAAUUGUGGGAAUGCCCGCGUCGUGCUAUCUAAAGGAGGGAAAGUUAUUCAGAUCUCCAACGACCAUAUACUCGACCGGGAUGAUGAAAAGGUUCGGCUACGAGGACUUGGAUUUCCUAUUGGAGAUCUAAGUACCGUGACUCGAUCUCUUGGCUGUCGUCGUGUGCAUGAUGAUAAUACUCCAAUUUACUUGAUCCCAGAGCCAGAGUUUACUUUCGAAAUGCGGAGCAAGGAUGACGAAUGCCUCAUAAUUGCCAGUCACGGCCUGUGGAAAGUCAUAUCCAACGAGGUUGCAUGUGAGGUUGUUCGCACGUUUCUGGCGAUGGGGGCUACUGCAGAGACAACGGCCAUCUUUCUGGCGCAGAUGGCCAAAGAGAGCCGUGCUGAAGGUGCAGAAAGUUUUUCAGAAUCUGUGAUUGUUGUAGACCUCCGGCCUGGCAAGGUACAAAAUGGACAAGAUGAGUCUGCGAUGGACUAUUUUGAAGGCACUACUGCUACAUUUUUCGAGGGUAGGUUAAGGUCACCACUCCUUGAGCUUCGAGCUGUAAAUCGUCGAAGUGGAAGCAAAGAUGUAUCCUAUUUCAGUAGGAACCGACCCCCCAACUGA